AACCAUAAACCCUAAUUCUUCAGGACGUUCUUUUUCUUCUUCUCUCCUCUGGUUAGUCCGUGGAGGACUGCAAAUCGCCGGCUCUUAUCUUCAGUUCUUCAUUUAAAGUGAGAGAAGUAUUUAGAGCUAUGGAGAUCGACAGAGAAGAUGGCAGAACGCCAAAUCAACUGAGACCUCUUGCUUGUUCUCGUAACAUCCUUCAUCGUCCUCAUGGCUCUGCUAGCUGGUCGCAAGGGGAUACAAAAGUCCUAGCUGCAGUUUAUGGACCUAAAGCAGGAACGAAGAAGAACGAGAACCCUGAGAAGGCUUGCUUUGAAGUCAUAUGGAAGCCUAAAUCCGGGCAGAUAGGAAAAGCCGAAAAAGAGUAUGAGAUGAUACUAAAAAAGACAAUACAGAGUAUUUGUGUUUUGACGGUAAAUCCAAAUACCACCACUUCAGUGAUAAUUCAGGUUGUACAUGAUGAUGGUUCUCUUUUACCGUGUGCUAUAAACGCAGCAUGUGCAGCUUUGGUAGACGCAGGAAUACCUAUGAAGCAUCUCGCUGUUGCUAUAUGUUGUUGCCUGGCUGAUAAUGGAUAUGUUGUACUCGAUCCAAACAAGCUUGAAGAAAAGGCUUUCGCUUAUUUAGUCUUCCCAAAUACAACUCUCUCUGAGCUCCCGGAAGGAUCAUCAGAAGGCGAGCCUGUAGAGCAUGGGCUCAUUACAUCAGUUACCUAUGGAGUAAUGUCAGUUGAUGAUUAUUUCCUGUGUGUAGAGAACGGUCGUGCUGCUACGGCUAGUUUAUCUGCAUUUUUUAGGAAGAACUUCCAACAAGGACAAAGAGAUUCAUCCAAAUCCGGUUAAAAAAGCAUGAAUCCAUAAUGGUUUACUUGAGAUUUUUGAACGAUUUAAUAUCAUCCCUGUUGUAGCUUUUUUGGAACCCUUAUCUUCAACAUGUCUAAUCAAAAUCAAAUGCAAGAAUGUCUCGUAUGAUUAGAUGCUUAUGCACACAUGAACCUCUAUUAAUGCUUCAAAUUUAUUAUUAA